GUGACUGGCAGCGCUGGCCGUCAGCAGCUUUGCAGCAACGGAGCGAAUGGCGGCUUAGUUAGUUGAGGAAGUUAGUCCAGGCAGUCGCGCUACUAUGUAAUCUUCCACGAAUUGCAUACAUCAUUGCACUGAGACAGAGGGAGGCAACAGCAUUCAUGGAUAUUGUGGACACGUUUAACCUUUUAAUACCCAGUGACCAGUUGGACGACACCCUUAUCAUAGGUCAAAAUCUGGAAUGUGAAGCCAGUAAUGAGUUUGGGCCAGUACUCUGCCUUGAAGAUUCGCUGAAGAACAUGCUGAGUGACAAGGACCCCAUGUUUGGAUGCGCAAGCUCUCAAUUCAACCUGCUGGAUAACGAGGACCCGGCUUUUCAAAUUUCAGGCUCAGCAGAUCUCGGGAGUGGUUCAACAUCAGCUUCAGGCCUUGGUGGGGAACUGACUGUGACAGAGACCAAUCCUGUCAAGCGACCCGUAGGAAGACCCAGGAGACGUCCGUGUAAUGUAGAAUUAGAUACAGCAUCCGUACCCACUGGAUGCCCGGGACAAAAAGCCACCAACAGGCUCCAGAAGUCGUUUCUGAUCAAGAAAGGAGUUAAAGGCGUACAGCUGAAGAAGGAACUAACUCUGGGUGGACGCAUCAAUAUCAACCAUCUUGAAGGCGGAUUGUGGUUAAAACCUUCUGUUGUACUCAAACGACUGACUGUCACCAUCGCAGGAUUCAAGAUUGAACUACUUCCUGGACCAUCUUACCUACAUGAUGCCGACGCCAACUUUGACAGUGGUUUUUCCUAUGGCGGCGACAUUGGGUUUGCCAUGUUGUCCGAUGAUGCUGUCAGCGUGCCUAAUCCUGAGAAAGUUCCCCGCUUGGAUGUAGCUGAGAAGAAGUGCGUUGAUGACACAACACUUGGACUGGGUCCGUAUGUGAACCCCAAUGAUGUCCAGGCGGCUAAUGGGAUGAAAAGAAAAAGCUCUUGCCCACAGGAGGCAGGAAGUGACAAUCAGUGUGUGGUGAGAAAGCAAAAUCCUGUCAAAGAUGGUGUUAAAUCGCCACCAAAGAAUGGAACAGCUAGUGGUAACAAGGUGGAUAUAAAAGAGAAGAAAGUGGUGACGGCUAAAAACCAGCUUCAAUCUAAGCAAUCCCCUAAUUCCAAUAAGAAUAAAGGCUUGAUUACAUGUGAAGACAGCAACAUGGCUAAGGGAGCUAAAGUUUCCCAAAGUGUACCGUCCAAAGUUGUCCAAAGAGAUGACCUUCUUAAAUCUAAAACUAUCAAAACGAAGAGAAGCAAUGAUUCUUUAAAAAGGCCUGGUGAAAACACCCCAAGUGAGCAUGCUUCGAAAUUGCAAAAGAUGCACACAGGAGAACACAAAGUCAAGCCCACUUCUCCAGUGAAAAAGACGCCAUCUAGUGGCUGCCGUGUAGUUGAGCAACACAGUCCAACCAAACCCUCCCAUACUCAGAGCUCCUUGAAAGCAGACGCCUCAAACGCCUCACACGGCAUUCGUCCGGGCCAGUCUUCCAAAACACCCGAAGAAGCUGUUCAGGAGAAGCAUAAAAUAAAGAAGCCUGAAAAGAUCCUUCAAAAGCAAAAAAGUAAAACAGCAAGAAGUAUGUCUGUGGAUGAACCGCAGCUGUUUGUCCCAGAUAACGCUCCGGCUGUGAAGAGGGAAAGCAUUGAGGAGCAGCCUGCUAACAAUGAGACUGUGUGGGAUGGAAACAACUGCUGCGGUUUGUGCAAGAAACACCACAACAAUAUGUUCAUGGUAGGCUGCGGCCGCUGUGACGACUGGUUCCACGGUGAUUGCGUUGGUCUCGACCUGCCCAAAGUACGUGAGAUGGAGGAGGAAGACCAGAUGUAUGUGUGCUUGAAGUGCUGCGAGGAGGAGAGCAAAAAGGUGGAGCCCGACCCCUCGACUGUACCGACACCCAAAAUAAAAACUGAAGCCGCGGAUCAUAAGCAGGCUGCCAAACCCAAGCCAGGAUCCUCCCAGGCAGUGACGUCAGGGGGUGUCAGAUCAGUAAAGAAGGAACCAGGUAGAAGAUUGUCCACAGAAGCUACUCAUAAAACAGGAAUUCCAGUAAAAAUUGAGGCAAAAAGUAAAUCUGCAUCUUGUACCUCAAAAAAGCGUGCAUCUGUGGAUGAGAUCAGGCGCAGCGUGCGUGAUUCUCUGAAAGAAAUCCUUAUCCAGAGGUUGAAGGAGUCUGACUUGAAUGUCCCAGUAGAAAAAGCGUCUGAAGUUGCCAAGAAGACGGAGAGAGAACUCUUUCACAUGUAUAAAGACACCGAAAACAAAUAUAAGAACAAGUAUCGAAGUUUGAUGUUUAACCUGAAAGAUACUAAAAAUAAUGUUCUCUUUAAGAAAGUUCUCAAAGGAGACAUCCCUCCUGCUAAUCUAAUCCGAAUGAGUCCUGAAGAACUGGCGUCUAAGGAACUGGCUGCGUGGCGGAAAAGAGAGAACCGACACACGAUUGAAAUGAUUGAAAAAGAGCAAAGAGAGGCAGAGAGACGGCCAAUCACCAAGAUCACACAUAAAGGGGAGAUUGAGAUUGAGAGUGAAGAGCCAGUGAAAGCACCUGAACCUGUGGAGAUUGAACCUCCAGUCAAAGUGUCAGAAGUCCCUGUAGAAGCUCCAAGUGCUCCUGAGAAGGCCGUAGAGAGCACAGAGGAAGAGAAAGACACCACCAAGCAACACAAAGCUCAUUUAUUUGACCUCAACUGUAAAAUCUGUACAGGUCGUAUGGUGCCCCCUGUGAAAGAGGCACCCACCAAAGUGGUCAAAGUUGCUACAACAGUGGCGAAGAGGCUGUCUGCCAAAGGAGAGGAGGCAAGCACAGCGCCCCCAGCUGUUGAGGAUGACUUACACCUCUCUGUCCUAGAAGAGAGCUUUCACAAGGCUCAGACCAACUACGAGCGAAGGUCUGAUUACACAGCUGGUCGAGAUGAUGAUACGGCAUUCCUCUCCAGCCUGACGUCCCUGUGGCGAGGUUUUAUUACUAUGCACUCUGUGGCCAAACUUGUCACAAAAGCUUUUCCUGUGUCAGGCAUUCUGGACAACUUGACUCAGGAUCUUCCAGACAGCAUUCAGGUUGGUGGGAGGAUAAGUCCGCAGACUGUGUGGGACUACUUGGAGAAGAUCCGUGCGACUGGAACUAAAGAAGUGUGUCUGAUUCGCUUCUCCCCUGUGACCGAGGAAGAUGAGAUCUCCUACACUCUCCUUUAUGCCUACUUUAGCAGCAGAAGGCGUUUCGGGGUGGUGUCAAACAACCGCAAACAAGUGAAGGACAUGUAUCUCAUUCCUUUGGGUGCUACUGAAAAAGUGCCACAUCAGCUCGUGCCCUUCGAUGGACCAGGUCUAGAAAACAAUCGAGCAAACCUUCUCUUGGGACUAAUAAUUCGCCAGAGGCCAAAAAGGGACUAUCUUCCUGUUGACUUGAACCAAACGGCAAGGAUGUCUCCUGAAGUCAAGCCCGUUCCUGUUUCUGUCCAAGAGACUCCUGCAGAAGAAGAUGAUGAGAAGCUCUUCCUGGCCUCCUUGACUACUCCGAAUAAAAGCGAGAAGGAGAGACCACUUGAGCCGACGGAGGCUGUUGAAGAAGAGCCAAUUACAGAGUCCUUUGAAGAACCGUGUGCAUCGGGGAAGAACAGUCAGGAACCUCAAAAGCCUCUGCGUUUUCUUCCUGGUGUGUUAGUCGGCUGGGGCGGAGAACUACCACCCCUUCCAGAUUUUGGAGGAAAGCCUGCAGAAAUCCCUCACAAGGCUGCCCAGAAAACUGAGGUGCCACCGAGCGUGAGCUCCAAGAGUCCAACCGUUGCUGCGGCCGCUGCGCCUCGAGAGCGCUUUGUCAUUAAGAAAAAAGAAGUGAAAGCCGUCCAUGCAGAACCCGAGUCUUCCAGCCAGACGGAGGCUGCAAACUCCUCAUCAGGAAAAGAUGCCGAGGCAGCGCCCCGAAGUGCUCCAGUCUCCCUGAGAGAUAAGCCGCCAGAUGUAUCAACGGAUGCUUUCUUGGAAAGCUUGUCGAAGACUCAAAGCCAGGGUGAAACAAGCAGCAGCCCCAACAAAGAUGACGCUCUUUCCGCUGAUGCAGACAAAGGCAAGCUGGAAUCGCACGUGGCGUCAGAUCACACAAAUAGCUCCAAACCUCCUCUAAGCGGGAUACUGAAAAAGAUUUCUGCCUAUUCAAGUGCAACCAAAGCCAGCGAAAACAGUCAGGUUGCUCCUUUGGAAGCUAAACCUACACCUGUGUUGAGUGGCGGUAAAAAUAACCCAGUUACAACAUUUCAUCAAGGCUUUUUACAGAUGUCUCAGGCCAAACAUAAAUUGAAGGAACAAAACCAAACUGCCAGCGACCACGAAGAUCCAGCUGAAAUCCAGGCGGGCGCCACAGUAUCAGUGACUUCAGUCCAAGUGCCACAAGCAGAGAGUGACAACGCCUCGAAGCACCAACGUAUCACAGCGACGGUGCCAGAUGGCGUGACAUGUAACAGUGCUGCACCUGUCCCCCAGCAGCAGCAGCAACAACCUCAGGUACCUGGCAGCAACCUCGACCCAUCUAUUUCCAACUCUUUCCACAACCUACACGUCCAGGAUCAGAACCACAGCACACCGCAACAGGCCCAGUCCAAAGACGAGGCACCCCAGGAGGAGGAGGAGGAGCGCUACGCCUACUGCCACCCGUGGGAGAUGCCUCAUCACAGCGAGGAGAGGGAUGACGACGAGGACAAUGAAGAUGACCAACACCAUCAGCGCCCCCAUCGCAGCAAACACGGCCACCGCAGAGACUCGCACCACGGGAAGAAGAGCAGGUACCACGCCAGGGAGCGUGAGAGGAAGCACGAGCGCGGAUACGACGACAAGUACAGAGAGCGGAAUAAGCACCACGGGCACCCUGAGGACCGCUACGGCGAGAAGAGGAAAGAACGAUACUACAGUGACGACUACAGCAGCCGCCACAAAGAACGACACCGACAUCGACGGGACUCGGACUAUGAAAACGGGCGGAGGGGCUCAAAAGACUCUAAUUACUCGUAAUUAUUAUAUUUGUUUUUGUUUUUUUUACAUUUUGUUUUUAAAAGGAAUUAAGCCCUAGUAGUGUUUGGUGCUCUGAGACUCAUUCAACCCACUUCUGCUUUGUAGAUUAUCUGUGAUUUCACGUCCUUCCCGUCUUUUACUUUGUCAGUUACGAGCUGAGCUAUUGUUUUAAUGGAGUUGCGAAGGUCAUCACACUCGCUUGUCAGUUUACCACACUAUGUACAACUUGACAAACACCUCACAACUUUCCAGAGGGCUUUGUUUGAGACGCGGUCCUAAUAUUUUGCCAGCAUUUAAUAGAACGGAAAACCAACAAAGUCUGAGCCGUUCCAGUGCAAGGCUUUCCUAUACUGUAUAGUUGUGACUCCGAAAUGGACAAGUGAGUGUUGUCGCAUUCUCUCCACUCUUCAGAAAAGGGGCCAUCAUUUUCAAUUUGAAAUUUUAACCGUCUGUAUUGUAGACAUCUUGUUUGUACUGAUCAUGUGCACCAGACACAGUCCUGGCUCCAAGACAUUAGGUCAAACAUUCUUUGGAGUUCAGCAAACUCUCCAUCUUCCCAAUUUGGCUCCUUAAAUUUUGGCUUUAAAUAUUUUAUAGUCUUACUUUCUAUUGGAGAAAUGCGUUGUACAUUUUGGCUUGUAAUAUACCUUUAGAGAUGAAGUGUGCCUUUGCACGUGUGUAUGUACAGUUGGUAAUAAAGCUAAUUCUUUUUUUAUUGUUGGUUAUAAAAAGAACUUCACAUUUCUGUGUACAGUAAAUAUAUUAAAGAUACAAUCAAUCACUGAAACACUGUUUCCAGUAUGUUAAAUGUACACAAAACACUACCAACAAUGUUGAUUAGUCCUUUUACAAAGACGUAACUAUGGAGCAAGACAGUUUAGUUAACUUGGUAUUUAAAAGGUUUUACUUUGUGUAGUAAAAUAAAAACAGCUCA